AUGUCCGACUCAUUCUUUGAUUCUAAAUACAAUGUUGACCCCACAGUCCAGUCGCUCCCAUCGAGUGUAACGUUUUUUCCUGAUAUGAAAGAAUUCGAGGGCCCUAAUUCCGAUGACCAGAUUGACACAGACUCCCAGAUGCCCACAGAUUGGGAGUUGAAGAAGAUAGGUGCUUUUCAAUCUAGAAUUGAGUCAAUUCAAAGGAAUAUGGAAUCAGUAUACUCCAAAAAUAGAAACCCCUCUUUGUCGAAAAUAUCGGCACAUCAAGUGUUCGGAUUGGCAAAUGAAAUAUUCGGGUUCAAUGGUUGGUCAUCUCAAGUGUCAGAGUUUCGAAUCGUAGACGAAAAUUUCCAGUACGAUAACGAAGAAGGUGAGGAGUACACAGCUUCGGGAGCAUUCAGCGCAAAGUUCUGUGCUACAGUGAGGAUAACGCUAAAGGAUGGAUACUGGAACGAACAAGACGGAAUUGGAGAAUCGCAUGGGUUGCCCAGUAAGUAUCUUUGCUAUAGUAAGUGCAAGAAGGAAGCGGUAACUGAUGGUAUGAAGAAAGCUCUAAUCGGAUUCAGGUUGACUUUACUAGACUACGAAAGGAUAAAGAAGGAGCAGCAAUAG